UCUUCUGUCUCACCUGCCAUUCGUAACUCGGCUCUCUGUGCAGCUGCCCCUGACAGCUCCCGUCCUUUUCCUAACCCACCACUCCUGGUCCGCAGAGCACAGGAAGCAUGAGUUGUUAAGAACUUGGCCGACAGAGCUCUAAGGGCCAACUCUGGGCAGAGGACAGCUCCAUCUUCCUUACCAAAGGGUUUUUCCACCAGGGGCAUUUCAUUUUGACUCUGGGAAGUGAGCUACUCUGCUUCAAGAACAAUUUCUCAUGGAGCCAGAAGCCUUAGAAAUUUGCCCUUACAACCCUCACCACCGAGUUCCACUCAGCAGAUUUCAAUACCACCUGGCAUCCUGCAGGAGAAAGAACCCCAAGAAAGCCAAAAAGAUGGCCAGCUGCAAAUACAACGCCUGCCACGUGGUCCCCAUCAAAAAGCUGGAGGAGCACGAGGCUGCCUGCGUCAACAGAAGCACAGUGGAGGAGGAGGACAGCUUGCACCCCCUGAAAGUUAGCCUUCCAAGUUCAGAGCAGAAUGGAAAUGCCCCUCCAGGGUCCCCCUGGCUCCCCAGUUCUGACGUCUGGAAUGUCGAUGGCACUAACUGCCAUCCCAUGUUUGUCCUUAAGACUUUUGUUCCCCAAAAGCUUGUUUGUGAAAGCGACACAAGAGAGUCAGAGAGAGAGGCCCACCCCCCAUCCCUGACCACCCCCCAGAAGACCCUCAGACCAGGAGAGUAAACCACCAGCAACAGAAAGGAGCCGCUCGCCUCUUAAAUACCUGAAAGAAGAUGCAACUCACCCAAAUAAAAGCAUG